GUUCACCUGGUGAGGUCAAUGGUGGGAAUGCGGUUUCUGGAAUCUUCAAAUCCUCAAUUCCCAAGCCAUCAACACCGGACAAGAGCCAAAUCUUUUUCAGACAACUCCGGCUGCCACCGGUUAGCUUAGGGUGACAACCUUGACAACUCCUUCCCUCCAGCACUGACGACAGCUUCCGCAACUGCAUUGACGCUUGAAGAAUGAGGUGCCACAACAACACAACCAUUUCUGCCUUGAGCGGUUCUCGUCGUCGACGCCUUGCGUCUUCUUUCGCGGAACAACUAGAGCUGAACAAACCGUCUGAGGUACAGGUAUUACUGUAGCUCUCGGUACCGGAACAUCAGAGUAGCUCUCUCACAAUGAGUCUGCCAUUAAAAAGAACAAUUAGGUUUACCACGGAACAUCAGGAGGACAAUCGGUCUUCAGAUUGCUCUGCUUCUGCGUCAUGUUGCUCUUCAUCGUCGUCUGAAGCAACCCCUCGCAAGAGAGCCCGUUGCGAUUGGAAAUCGACAUCCAAAGAGACAACAGAGCAGAAAACCUUGUCUGGGUUGCAAGACCUGUUUGAUGGACGACGCUGGCGAGGCGGCAAGAAGUCCUCUGUUUCCUCUCCUGUGACGUUUCGGUUGGAACAUCGACAAGGAGGGCCUCUGGCGACUUAUCCAGGAGAAGAGCGAAUCUUGCUCUUUCGAUCAGAUUUGAAGGGCGCCAUUGCCAAGAUUAUUUUCUCGUACAACGAAUUCGAGGCAGCCGCCAAGAUUCACGUUUUGGAUGUGAAGGGGAGCUACCGAGGUUUUGAUCUAGGUGGACUCCUCUUUUCCGAGACCGUGAGGACACUGCAAGAUCGAGGAAAAGCUGUCUGUUGCGAACUGGAUGCGGAAGAAGAUGUUCGACGGCACAACAAGUUGGUUGGAUUCUAUUCCCAGUUGGGGUGUGUCGUCAAGCCCAAUACCAGGCCUCAGUUUCUCAACAACAAUGAUGGAGAAACCUACCGCAAGGUCCCCAUGCAGAUUGACUUGCAGGCGACAGCAGAUCAUCCAUCUUGUUUGAUAAAAACAACCAUGGGAGGAUUUAUGCCCAUUGUGCUGUUGGGUUCCAAGGGCAGGGAAGGCAAACUGGACGAUAACAGUGGCAAGAGGCAACAGCACUGGCUCAUGGCACAAGAUGGGCGUGGUCACGUUCAAUUUCGAACAACCACGGGGCAUUACCUGUCCAUCGAUCCAGAGGGUCGCUGUACCGAGCAAGAAGAGCAGUCUUACAGCAACGGCACCUCGACAUUUGAGCUGAGACGAAUGUCGGACAAUCUAGAAAGGGCAGAAGAAACAUCGGAACAUGAUCUUUGGAUUGUCCUCUCGCAUUUUGGGACCUAUCUGUACCUCGAUCCCAUCAGCCUACAUUUCGAAGGUACCAAGACGCCCUCCUUUUGGAAAUCCAACAGUGACGAGUUGAGCCUUACUUGUACUUCGGAUACGCCUCCUCGAAGGCAGUUCUACCGACAAUCCUGGAUUCGACAAACAGUGCACUUUGUCCAGGAAUGUAAGAAGAAGUAUCAGUGCUGUCAGCUGGGACGAAUGACUCUCCAAGAAGCGCUCACACGGGUCAAACACAGGAAGGGGUUCCCCUGGCGAAUGGAUGCCUGUGACAUCUCCCUUCGGUCUGUUUGCUUUGAAACAGCCGAAGCGGCACGAGCUGCAGGACAUCCUGAUUGGGUCCAGCUUGUGGCACUGGUACAUGGUUUGGCCAGUGUUGUUCAUGAUCUCGAAGAGGGUGCUGCUGGCGAGAACGACGACUAUGACUGGACCCUCCCGAGCACAUCACGAGUGGUGGGUUGUGCCCAUCCCAACAAUGCAAUCUUUACCGAAUUCAAAGACCUGAAUAGCGACGAACAUGAUGAUCGCUACAGCACUCCCCUGGGAGUUUACACGCGCCACUGUGGGCUGGCAAAUGUCGACCUGACUUGGUCUGGUCCGGAAUACCUUCACAUGAUGCUUCAACACAAUGAGGUGGAUCUUCCACAAGAGGGCUUUGACCUCCUUCGCCUGUUUCAGUUGCGUGAUUGGCACACGAAGGGACUCUACGACUCUCUCGCCAACGAGGACGAUGAGGAAAUUCAGUCCUUCAUCGUUGACUUUGACCAGCUGCGAAAACAUACCCUGGAGGUGUGUUUGAGUUCACCCGAGUUGACGGAUACGGAAUGCGACCAACUGUGGCGGUCGCAUUAUGCUUGCAUUGCUGCAAAGUUUGGCGCUGAUGUGGUUUUGGAGUGGUAGCUGCUUACGAUCCAUCACAGUUUGACAAAAGUUUUUACAUAGGAAAUAGAAAAGAUAAAAGAAUACAUUACUAUACUAGCAUGGAGUAGACUCCGAAGAAUUAAGUUUCUAGAGUAUCGGAUUAUUCGCAA